AUGGCCUCCAUGUGCGGUACAGCCCUCCCCCUCGCACUCUUAUCCCAUCUACUUCACCCUUCUCUGAUCAUCCUCGGCUUCCGCUUCCUGUGCCAUUUCCAAAUACAAGUCAUCUCCCUCGUACCCACAAAAGGAAGGAGUCUGAGAUGGUUAGUCGGGAUGAUGACGGGGGGUACAAUAGUCGUACUGCUUGUGAGGUGGUUAGAGUAUGGAGGGGACGGUAUGGGCAUGGGUAUCAUGUUGGAUUUCAUUGGGAUCGACGAACAGCCGAGUCUAUUACAUCUCAUCCUACUCGACCUGACUAUAUACGUCCUUCAUUUCCUCGCACUCUUCAUCGCAUACCUCAACAACCUUCCGCUCACUAUCGAUGUCCGGAAGGUAUUUCCCUUUGACGAUAUCCUCCUGCCGCCUGCGCCUGCGCCUAUUCCAUCGCCGAAUGAACGGGGAGAAGUCGUCUUUGACGAGGACGAGGAAGAGGAGGGGGAAGAGGGAGAGGGGGCGGAGCAGAGUGGAGCUCGGAGAAGAAGAGGGAAAGGGGCAAAGUAUAGUCGGGUUGGGGACGGGAAUGAAGAAGAAGAAGAGGUGUGGCUUGAUGAUGCCAUUCCACCGACGUCUGCACUCCUCCCAACAAUCCUCGAACCACCCCUCAUCGCCUCCCUCCCCUUCCUGCACAUUCUCCAAACUAUCUGGCGAUUACCAAGUCCGAAAGUAGAACGUUCGUUUGAGGGUGGGACGCCUGCGCAUACGCCGGGGGGGUCGCCUAGUGGGGGCGGGCGGGGCAGGGAAGCGGUGGAUGGGGUUUUCGAGGAUGGCAGUUCUGGUUCACAUGGAGGGAAUGAUGGGGUACGGCAAGGAGAUAGUGGGGGCGGUACGGGUGAGGUGGAUGAGAGGACGAAUGGGCGGGAGGGAGGGUCUGGAACAUCUGGAGGGAGCGAGAAUGAGCAGAGGGAUAGGCAAGGCGUGGGUCGUAUCCCGGGAGACUAUUGGGUCAGUCGGGAUUGGUAG